GGCUUUUCGUUACAAAUUUACGGAAUUACGGAUUUACGGAUCGACCCCCCUCCCUCCCCGUCCCGCGGCCCGGCCGUGAGACCGAUCUACGAAUCAAGUUGGUGCCGGAAACUCAUGCCGAAUGUAUUCCCCGCCGAGGGCGUGCUCGUGUUAAGUCGCGCAUCCCU